AUGAUCCUGCAAGCAGCACUGGUCCUCGCUGGUCUGUCUUUGGCAAGUGGCAGCAUUUGCUGCGCACCCAAGCAAUUCAACGCAUUCCAGCAUGUCACCUAUGUCAACUCCACGACAACAAUGCGUGCAUUAUACUUCAUCGUCUACGACGGUGUCAAUGACAGAUACCUCGUCAGCGGCGAUCGCAGCAACAACAAAUUCGUCGGGACCACCAAAGUAAUCUACGACUACAAGAAGGGUGUUGCUUACAGUAUUGACGCAGCAGCACGUACUUGCUCAAAGUACUCUCUUCAGGGACAAUUUGAUGAUCAGCAAAGUGUGUGUGUUCCAAGUGACGCUGUCUCUUUGGGUCCUUUCUUUUACGGCUACAAUCGGCACAGGCUGAAUUCCCAGUCGUACACCUACAACACUACCACCGCCGACGGGAGGCGUCAAAAUGUCAUCACUACCGUCUCAGAGGGAGACUGUGUACCAGUAGUCGUAACCAGGACCACGACAGGAGGCGGAGAAGGAAACUCUCUUUACGUCCUCGGGUACAACGACUUCUACCCCGGCAUCAGGGACAUCACUGUCUUCGACAUUCCGCCAUACUGCUGAGCCUGAUACCGACAAUCAUUGCUGAAAGGAAACAGAACCAGUAUAUGUAGUUAUCGAGUCAC